AUGUACAAAGUCAAGGCCGUCUACGACUACGCGUCCCCCCACGAAGAUGAUUUGGGCUUCAAGGUCGGCCAGAUAAUCUCCGUAACCGAGGAGGAGGGUGACGACUGGUAUGUGGGUGAAUACACCGACGAGAGCGGCACCAAGCACGAUGGCCUCUUCCCCAGGAACUUCGUCGAGCGCUACGAGCCAGAGCCGCCGCCACGGCCCAACCGAGCAUCGCGGCACAAGCCCUUAGAGCAGCCGCCUGUGCAAGAAGCUCCCCCCAUGCCCCAGGCCUCUCAGCAGGAACCAGAGCCAGUUCAACCUCAGGAGCCGGAGCCACCCAAGCCACAGCCUCCCCCCAUAGAGGUGCCCCAAGCUGCCAAAACAACACCGUUGCCCAUGUCGCCCAUGUCGCCCCGCUCUGCGUCGAGCGCGAAGGCCCAAGAAGCCCUACCGCCGCAGUCAGAGUCGCCCAAGCCAGCUCCUCCUGCGAAGAAGGCCCCGCCACCUGUCGCCGCCAAGAACAAUGCUUUCCUGAGCCGUAUCGCCGCUUUCAACAAGACAAGUGAGCCUCCGCCUAAACCUAUCAAGCCAGCUGGCGUCGCCCCGAGCUUUGUCAAGAAGCCAUUUGUGGCUCCGCCGCCGAGUCGGAAUGCCUACGUUCCUCCUACCCGAGAGUCGGCAGCUCCACCAGUCAAGACGUACCGUCGUGAGGAGGAUCCCGAGAUUGCAGAGCGCCAGGCGCAGAAUCAGAACGAUGCAGAGCGUGCGGGACUGGUUGCUCAUGAUUCUCAGAAAACAAAUGAAGGCGAAGAAGAGCAGCAGCCCAAGAUGAGUCUGAAAGAGCGCAUUGCUCUUCUUCAGAAACAACAGCAGGAACAGGCAGAAAGGAUGGCAGCUGCGCACAAGGAGAAGCCGAAGCCUAAACCGCCAGUAGUCAGGAGAACCGAGUCCCAAGACGCCCACGCUGAAGACAGCGAAGACACUGGUCUAGAGCGCGUGACAAGUGGAGCGUCCAAGGGUCGUGCGUCCAUGGACCAGAGUCGACCUCCGCGGGCAUCUCACGACAUUCGGUCUCCGGACUCGGAAGCCCGCAAUCGCGAACUACUUAGCGAAAACGAUGCCGAUCAAUCCGCCGCCGGAGACACCGAGGAUGCUGGAGGAGAGUCCACAAGUGUCGAAGAGGAUGAGGAUCGACCAAAGAGCAGGCACCCGCCGCCGCCACCCCCUAGAGCACCUAAUGCUCCUGCCGAAGAGCCCAACGUUGGCGACGAGCAAGAUGUGCCCGGAGAAGAGGAGGAAGAGGAGGAGGAAGAUGAGGAGACCGCAGAGCUGAGACGUAAAGAGGAGCUACGUGAGCGCAUGAGGAGAUUGGGUGGCGGCAUGGGCGGCAUACCCAUGUUUGGCGGUCCUAUGCCCAUGGGCGGUCUUCCACCAAAACCACCAAAGAAGAAGUCGACCACUGAGAAGAAACCCGAAGACGCCGAACAGUACAGCAUGCCCCAGCAACGUGUGCCUAUGUUUGGGUUUGGUAUGCCUGGCAUGGCACCCGUCAAAAGCCCAGAGCCGGAAGACCGCUCGCUUUCCGUCGAAAAGGAAGACGAGACCUCGCACCCUGUGACCAGCGCUCAUCCAGCGGACGAGGUACCUGAUGUAGAGGACGUCGCAUCUCAGCCAACUCAACAAACAUCUACUGGCAGUGGCGCCCCACCUGUCCCAACAGACCGACGACCUGCUCCUCCUCCGGUGCCAGCAGCGUCUCGACCAGUGCCACCACCCCCUCCUCAGAUUCUCUCUCCUGGACCCGGAUCUGAGUCUGGCGAUGAAAUGACAGACACUGCUAACACACCGUCUGCUCCAAUGCAAGCACCCAACAAGCGACUCUCAUAUUUUGCUUCCGGUGAGCCAUCACAAGACCCAUUAGAGAGGCGUGCGCCACCUAUCCCGUCUGCCGGUCCCGGAUCUCCUACAACAAGCCGGCCACCUCCACCACCUCCACCAGCACAAGCGCCCCCUUCGCGUCAUGAAGAUCUGCCAAUCCGCAGAAUUGACCGCAACGAGGGUGAAACCGACUACGAAGGUGAUUAUGACACGGACAUGGCACCAGAGGCAACCCAUAAAGAUGCUUUGAAGUCACAUGCUAGGGAUUCAAGUGUAGAGGACAGCGCCUUAACAGACGAGCCAACAUCAGCACGAUCGCCCACAAUUCCCCACGGCAUGCCACCUCUUCCCCCUACUGCGCCUCGUGCAGUACCGCCUCCUCCACCCCAGCAGGCGCCCAGCCGGCCAUCAACAGAUGCACCACGUGGUGCUCCUCCUCUUCCCCCGGUACCGCCGCCGACUCGCAACGCCCCUAUGGACGACGAUGACGACGAGUAUGAUCCGUACAAGUAUUCCGGACCACCUCCUCCACAGGCUGCGGCACCUGCAGCUCCUAGAGCAGUUCCACCACCCCCACAAAGUCAGCCGCCUCCCCCACAGAGUCGUCCACCGCCACCAAUGCCACCAUCGAUGCCUCCCAUGCCCCAGCGUCAACAAUCAGACGAUGAGGACGAUUUGUACUCUUCGCCUGCGCCUCGGAAGUCUCACGACAGACCGCCACCUCCACCGCCUCAGGCCCCGCCGCACCAGCAUGCACCUCCACCUCUUCCACACAUGCAGGCUCCACCUCCCCCAGCUCAAGAAAGAAUGGCACCACCUCCACCCCAAGAGCGUCCUGUUUCAAUGUUCUCACCAGUUGCAACAGAGGCACCACCUCGGAUAUUGAACACUCGAAAGUCACUCGAUGCUGUCCAGAUGCUUACAACUCGCUCCUCCAUGGAUCAGACCCGUCCGACAACGAACCAAGGUUUCAUUGCAAGUGAUAUCGAUUUGGGGGUUUCUUCGCAUUGGUGGACUCAACCCAAACUGCUCCCUCCUUCACUGCAGGGUCGUAAAGACGUCCUGGUAGACAUGAAGGAGUCGCAGUCAGGCAACACUGUAGAGAAACUCAUCAAGGUUCUUUACCUUGACUAUUCACAGACAAUCAUUUCCGCUCGCUUCGAGGUCACCAAUGUCUCCGACGUUGACCUGGAGCAGCGCAAUGAGCCGCCACCUCCCAGCCAACGACCAGACCAGCUAGAGAACGCGUACGAACAGUAUGGUCGCUCGAUAGCCAAGACCAUCGAGUCAAAACAGAACACUGUUGUCGGCAACGGCACGCCGCACGGUCUGGUUGAUGAGCUGUUGAAGCCCUUCAAUGACGCAUUGCCUCCGAUCUCGACCCGUUCGUAUGGUGCGCUCGUUUACGCGAACUUGGCCAACGCGUCCACUCAAUCUUACGAUGAGAUCCGCCCUGGUGACAUCAUCAGCUUCCGCAACGCCAAGUUUCAGGGUAAGACUGGACCAAUGCAUGCCAAGUACGCAAUGGAUGUAGGGAAGCCAGAUCACGUGGGUGUUGUUGUCGAGUGGGACGGUAGCAAGAAGAAGGUGCGGGCUUGGGAGCAAGGACGCGAGCACAAGAAGGUUAAGCCUGAGAGCUUCAAGAUGGGAGAUUUGAGAUCAGGUGAGGUGCGGGUAUGGCGUGUAAUGAGUAAGAAUUGGGUUGGUUGGAACUGA